AUGGAGAUGACGUCGACGACGCCGCCGACGUUCACAGGUUCGAAGCAGCAAGGUCCAUAUGUUGUAGAAAUAGGAACACUUGGCCCAUUCAUACACUAUGAGCCUUUUUUUUUGGACCUCGAGGGGGAUGCUCUCGGAUUAAUGGUUUGUGUGUGUGUGUCUGAAUCAUUUGAGGAAUUCCGGGAAUCUGGGGUUCUUUCCACACGAUGUCACGUUUGGUAGGGUCUCGACACGAACAAACUGAACAGUAUACGGGGGACUGGCAAAUUGAAAAGUUACAUUUACCUCUAGCCUGGCAAAAAAACGCCGGGCCAUGAGGGUAUGCGCCUUUAAUAUCACUACCGUAUCUCUCGGAAGACUUCAAGAACCAAACACAACUUAAAAUUAAAUUUCGGUGAAGCUUGUGAUCGACCGGCCCCUGAACAAUGUUAAUUCAAAACGAUAUAUCUCGUCUGCCAGUAGAAGUAUCAAAAAGAAGUCAACUAAUAAAUAGCUCAUGAGGAUAUUAUGCACAUUUUCUCAGUUGAUCACUUUCUGAUAUCUCUACAGGCAGCCAAGAUACAUAAAGAUAUUGGGGUGCCGUUUUAUUACAAGUUUAGAGGAACUCCUACUUCCUCCGAUCCCCCAUCUCUCAUCUAACUCUCACUCUAUCUCUCGUGACGCAUAACACGAACAUAAUCACCGAAUUCUUCUCCUUUCCCCCUCGGAUCGGUCAUUAACACAAGAGACGAAGAAGAAGAAGAAGAAGAAGAAAGUACUUUCUCUGAAUUUCCAUUUUAGACCUUUUGAUUCUCCUGAAAGAGUUUAAAAUAAAAUAUUUCCAUACUUUCCAAAGAGAACCAUCAGAAUCUUGAUUUCAGUGAUAAUCCUGGCUACUCAUUGGGUUUGCUACAUCAGUGAUGCACUAAGAACUUUUUUCCUUUAUCGUUUUGAAUCAACCUGGAUUAUUACUGGAAUCAGGAUUGACAAUUCACACUUGUAAUGCCACCGGUUCUCUUGGGAGAGCGUCGUGCUUGAAAAAGACGACAAUAGCUCAAUAAGCGCUCUUUUUGCAGUUCAAAGAUUGGAUGCGCCGAUCGAGCGCAUCGAGAUUCGACUGAUCGACGACAACACGACGCAUUCGGUGGUGCCGGGUACGGUCGAAAGUCGGGAAGAGCACACGACGACGACGGAGCUCCCACUGCCCCUUCCGACUGUGAACGAAAUGUACAAAAAGGUCGAGUACGUGGUGCAACCGACCGCUUCCGAGCCGACUUCGUCUUCUUCUUCGUCGGCUGAGCCGAUUGUCAUCGGAGAAGAUCCUUCUUACUUCUCGACGGUUUCUUCUUCUUCUUCUUCAUCAUCUUCAGAGAAACAGGCCAGCGCAGAGGUGAGUAUUCGGGCAGACACGCGAUGAAACUGAAUUCAGGCGAAGGCGUGGAUCUCCGUGUCGACGUCAAUUCCAAAGUUCGAGGGAGACAUCGACGAAGACGAUCUUCCGCCGCCGCCCGUUUCUGCGGACUCGGAGGUAAGAGCGUUUUUGCGAAAACCCGCUCUACCGCAAUUCCACGUGAAUACCAGGCCACGAACUUUCGAAUGUCGCACUGAAUUCACGUGGAGAACAUAAAUUUCUACAAAAACCGAAAAAAAGUCAAUUCCGCUAAUUCUCGGAGAAAAAUGUGUUAAACAAUGCGGGCGUCUUGAUUCCAGAAUGUUUCAAUAAAUUUUUUGAAUGUUUUAUUCUCUUCUUAUGUUAGUUUUAUUGGGAAAAAAAAUGAAAAGUGGCCGAAAUUAUUAACACAGUUUAAAUAAAAUACAUUGCAAUUUUAGAACGAGGAGCCGGAAGAGGAGUGUCUGGCGAACCGCGAGAAGUUGAGCGCCGAAGUGAUAAAGCGGCUCGAGGCGGAAACGAGCACCUACUACCGGCUGGUCCGACAGCGGAACGAGCAGCAGAAGGAGUACUGCGCCGGCGAGGCGGCCACCGACACCGCCUCGGACAUGUACCGGCGGUGCAGCAAUUGGCGAGCCGAGAAGCUCGUCUACUACUACAAACUGAUGCGCAAGACCUAUUGUCAGGUGGACAAUUGGCCCAACUCGCCAAAAAUUAAAAAGACGUACGGCGAGUAUUUGAACUUGUUCGGCACGUUUUACGCCUUCCAAAAGUAG